AUGAAAUUUUUUCGGAAGCGAAAGGAAAAGACUGAGUCUCCGGAAAAGGCGCCAAACAAAAGAAUCCGUACAAGCUCGCAGGGACAGUCCAUGAUGGGAGCCAAGCAAAGCACGGAUAACCAAGGAUAUCAAGUUUCGCCAGACGCUGCACCAUUCGGAGCGGCAAGUGGAUUUGCUUCAGCUCAGCAAGGAGCCUCGACUUCAGCAGUCGGCCAACAACGAGAGGGAUCCCGGGAAGUCGUCGGUCAAAUGCCUGGACCAUUGCAUAAUGGUGCUCCACGAGCUCGCAGAGGAGAGUUCAACGGUGUGCAAGAGCGACGAUGGAACGAAGUGUCACGAGCAGUUCGAUCUGGGCGAUCAUUGUCUCCCGCUCAUCCUAUCAAUUCGAAUUGUGGACUUGAUGACAUGUUGAGGCCUCCACGAUUUGAUGUGAUCCUCUCACAGAAGCCCCCAGAGAUUAGCAUUCAAGAACAGCAUGCUUGGAAUCCUGAUGACAGAUCGUUGAACAUCUUUGUGAGGGACGACGACAAAUUUACGUUCCACCGCCAUCCUGUUGCUCAAAGCACAGAUUGUAUCCGUGGAAAGGCUGGUUAUUCAAAAGGAUUUCACGUUUGGCAACUUGAAUGGCCUCAGCGUCAGCGCGGAACUCAUGCUGUUGUUGGUGUCGGAACUAAGGCAGCGGCUCUUCACGCUGUUGGAUACACGUCCUUGAUUGGAACAAACGAUCAAAGUUAUGGCUGGGAUUUGACGCGUAAUGAGUGCCAUCACGAUUCAAAGCAUUGCUCACCCUGGGCGUACCCGGUCGGACUUGGCUCAAGGCAGCGUGACGAGGAGUUCAUUGUUCCCGAUAAGUUCUAUUGCAUUCUUGAUAUGGAUGAGGGCUACAUGGCAUUUGCUAGUGAUACACAAUAUCUGGGAGUUGCCUUCCGUAAUUUGAAGGGAAAAACCCUCUACCCGAUUGUUUCUGCUGUUUGGGGCCACUGUGAAAUCACGAUGAAGUAUCUUGGCGGACUUGAUCCGGUGCCACGUGAACUGAUGGACAUUUGCCGGCGUACGAUCCGCAUCGAGAUGGGGAGGGAACGGUUACACCGAGUGGAUGAGCUUCGUCUGCCUCAAGCUCUCAAGCGCUACCUCCACUACAAA